GGGCUCCGCUUCCUGGGAAGUUGGCGGUUGGCAGCGGCGGUUGGAGUUGGGAGCUUGCCGGGUCUUCGGCUGCUUCUCCGUGGCCCGCGGCCCCUCGGCGGCGGGGCUCGCUGCCGCCGGGCUGGAGGCGGCAGGGCGGCGUGACGAGGCGGGGUCGCCCAGCCGGCCCGCCUGCGAGCCGGGCCCGGGGCAGCAGGAGCGGCGUCCUCGGCCGCCCGCCGGCUUGUCGCAGAUGGAGGCCAGCCUGACGUGCGCCGUGUGCCUGUCCCUCUUCGAGGAGCCGGUGACGCUGCCCCUCUGCUCGCACAACUUCUGCCGGGGCUGCGUGCUGGAGUGCCUGGCCUCGGCCGAGGCCGCCCGCCAGCAGCAGCAGCGGGGGCAGGGGCAGGGGCAGGCCCGCCUCCCCCGGGGGGGACCGGGACCGGGGCCGGGCGCGGGCGCUGGCGGCGGCGCGGCCGGCGCCCGGGUGUCGUGCCCGCUGUGCAGGAAGCUGUGCUCGCUGCCCCGCGGCGGCGCCGCCGCGCUGCCCGUCAACACCACGCUGGCGGAGGUGGUCAAGCUCUACCGGUCCGGCGCGGCAGGGGCCGCCAAGGCGGGGGAGGCAGAGCCGGGGCAGGGCCCUGGCCUGCUCUCCCCGCUGGCGCUCGGGGGAACCUGCCAGAAGCAUCCGAGCCGGCUGGUGCAGCUGUACUGCCGGAUGUGCCGCCAGGCGGGGUGCGGGCAGUGCGUCUCUGAGGAGCACCAAGGCAUCUUCCACUCCGUCAACCUCAUAGACACUGUGUACCAGGAGGAAAAAUUAACCUUUUUCAGCAGUCUGAAAAAAAUGAGAAUAAUAAAUGAGAAGCUGAUGAAUGAAAUCUCAAGUCAACCAAAUGAUAUGGACAUGGUGCUGAACAGUGAUGCAGAGAUAAUUGCACUGGAAUUUGGAGAAAUUUUCAAAACCCUGGAAAUGAAGAAACGGCAAUUGCUAGAAGAUGUUGAAAAUCAAAGAAGUAAAAAAGAGAAGGAAUUUCAGAUUUGGAAGAAAAUGAAGGAAACUCACAAGAAGACCAUUGAGAAUUUUUUGAAGGAUUGUGAAAAGCUUGUCCAUGAGUGUGAUCCUCAGCGUUUCCUGGAGGUGGCCUGUGGCUUGAAUACAAGAAUGAAAACUCAGCUUGACCUGAUGAAUAUAGCAUCCAGCUAUGAAAAACCACCAGAAUAUACUCAAAAGAAGAUGGAUAUCAAACCUGUGGUUAAUGAAAUCUUGGCUUUGAAGUUAAUGCCUGUUAAUGUAGGCAUUGUUAAAGAUCUACCUUCUGGAGGAAAUGAGAACUCAACAAAAAAUACUCUAUUUAAAAAUAACAUAAAGCAAUGGCAGGACCAGAAGAAUAUACCCAACACAUUUCUUCCUGUAGCAGGACAGGAGGAAGCACUAGCAGAUGGUAGCAGGAUCUGUACUCGCUUAAUGUCAAUAUCAGAAAUGUCAGCGUUUCAAAAUAUGAGUCAUGAGGAGUUACGUUACAGAUACUAUAUGGAACGUCAGAAGCUCACCGAUGAGUUCAAGACACAAACUUUACCUGCAAAUAAAAAGUAUAAAUUUGUAACUCCUGAGGCUUUGAAGGAUAGGUCCUCAGGAACUCCUUUUGUACCUUCACCUGCUAAAGCAAAUAACACAGAUAAAGGAAAAAUAGGAACCCUGCAAAGAGCAGAUGGCUUUGAUAAGAGAAGCUUUUCUGGAACCAGUAAUCACAGCAUCCCAUCCACAAAUAUGAACUUUUCUGAAACAAAUGGUGACUUAAAAUUAUUUCAUGAGAGAAGUUCCCAGGAAGUAACCACUCCAGCCUUAUCAGAAAACUCCGAAGACUUAGUCAUUAAAGAAAAAUUGCCAAUGCAGGCAUCGGCAGUUACUGUUUCCAACGAAAUGGACACAAAUUCUAGCACUUCAUCUGGCUUAAAACCAGCAGCAUCAGUAAAUGUUACUGUUUCAAAUUCAGAAUUUCUAGAUGUUUCUUCAGAGAGACUUUCUGCUUCACCUUUUGCUUUCAGUGCAUGUAACAACUCAUUACCCAGAUUUAUUAAAGAUGCAGGUACAUUUUCCUUCAAAAAGAAAGACAGGAAAUACAUUUUCCCUCAAUUUUAUCUAGGAAAAUGUGAUCGUGCAGUUAAAACUGAUAAUGAGAAUGAAAGCAAAUUUAGAAAACAUGGUCCUGUAACAAAACCUACAGUUUCCGAUGCUUCAACCAGUCCUAAUGCAGACUCAGCAGAAAGUGAGAAGCCAGAUUUUUCGUUUCCCUUUGGCAAUUCAGAAAGAGAUUGUUUUGCAGGAUUGGGAGUCAGCAAUUCAUUUAAGGUUUUACCAUUAUCCUCAUUUUUUAGCCAAUCUGAGAAGCCAUUUGACAAAAGUACAUCAUCUCACAUGAGAGAAAAAACACUUUCUGCAAAGGAAACGGCAGAAUAUGGUACACAGAAACCAUCUGUCUCAUGGGAACAGAAAGCUAAUGCCUCAGAAUCCAUCACAGCUGUAGCUUGCAGUACUUCAGAACCCAACAUUGCAGCUGGGAUAAAUGAUGUCUCAGAGUCCCCCCUUCUCCCCAGUAACUGUGUAUUUUCCUUCAAAAAUAACUGUUUCCAGUUGCCUUCAACAGUAUUCUCAUUUGGAAGUAUUGUCAGAAAUAACUCUGAUUCGCUGACUUCCUCUGUGUUUUUGUCUGGAAAUGGUACUGAAAAAAUGGAAGAAGAGAAGAUAAAAUCUGACAAAACACCUCUAAAUCUAGGGAAGCUUGUAUCUUCACAGUGUGCAGAGCCUGCUUCUAGACAUAGUCAUCCAAAAUGUGAAGGCUCAUUCUUUCCUGUGAACUCAUCUGAGAAAACUGAAAGUGCAGAAAUGCUUGCUGAUAGUAAUUCUUCUUGUAGUCAGCCUUUAUGUUCAGUUGUCCUUCCUGUUAAAUAUGAGAACGCAUCUUCCACUCAACUUAUUAUUACAACAACAAAACAAGAAACAAAGGUAAAAGAUGAAGGAAGUGAAACUGUUGCUGAGAACAACUCUUCCUGUCCUAGGAGGGAAGAUGAAACUGAGUCUGUACAGUUUCAGAAUGCAGCUUGUUCUGUUCCUGGCAUGUGCAAUGAACCAUCUUUAGGAGGUUCUGUGCUUACGGUAAAUGAAGCAGGAGGAAUACCAAGUGACAGUGAUUCUGACACUGAAGAGCUAAGUCAAACAUCCAUCUCUACUGAUACCAGCAGUGCAUCAGAAUAUUUUUCUGUUGCUGAAGACAAAAUAUCUACUAGAAGAAAAUCAGAGACAUGAAGAGAGAGUGAAAUGGAAGAUGUCUAUACUUAAAUAAGCUGGAAUUAAAUAAAUGCUACUUAACACAUUAAAAAGUGGGGAUACCUGUGAUUUUACACCUGUUCUCCCUGAUUCUUGCCAAUUGAGGUACCUUUGUGUUAGAAACAUGACUGCUUAUCAGCAAGUACAAUGUACUAAAGUUAUUUUUAUAGUGCAAACCCAAACUGAAGAAACAACCAAAAAUGUCAUGUCUUGUUAAAGACUCAAGUAUGACCAUGUAUGCUGUAUCUUUAAGAAUGCAGACCUUCUGAGAAGGACUGCUGGGGUGUGUGUGGGUGGUGGGGGACUGAGGUGUCCCAGAAAGCAGGUUCAGUGAAGCCUCAGCAACAAGAAGUAUAUUGCUGUUUUGGUACAGCAGCACUUGCACUAGGGUUAAAUCAGAAAGAGUACAGACAUUAGCAUUCACCUCAUAGGCAGGGAGGGAGGAGAGCCAUGGGGAAAACAAAGGAUAUUGAAGGGCAUUACUGGAAAUUGCUUUGCAUAUGUCCCUUUUUCUGUUUUUCUUUUUUUCUGUGAUGUAUUUAAUAUAUACUGAAGGUGCAACUUCUAGUGUAAUUUCAAUAAUUUCUCUUGCACUUUUGAAAUUGAAACACCACAUCAAUGUUCUUGUUAUGCGUUGCAGAAGGGUGUCAGCUAUGCUUCUGAACCGCUGCCUUUAUGAAAAGUAACAGUCACAACUAAUUUUCAUUUCCUCUUGGCAACAGUUUUGGAACCAGUGGACAGAUACUAACUUGCUGUUUUGACGAAAGCAUUAGGAGAACCUAGCUUUUAAAACACAAAAAAUCUCCUUUUAAAAUUUGUGUAAUGACAGGAAAAGAGGAAAACAGCACUUCUCACUGAUCCAGAAGUCAUUGAAUUUUUAGUCUGUGAAAUAUGACACAAAGUGAGGAUAAAAAUACCAUCUUUUUCUAAUUUAUUAACCUUUUUGUUGCAUACAAGAGAUAAUUGUGCUUUAGCUAUUAGAACAUGCAGACAGUAGUGCUAUUUCAGAUUAAAGCUUCAUUUCAUUUAGUGUUCACUCUCCAGCAAGAGCUGGUACCAGAUUUUAAAUAAAUGAAUCUUGCGUUAGGUAGCUAUGUCAACUGGCAAGUAUUAGAUCAGAGUGUUUAAUAUCCCUUCAGAAUUUUUCACAGGCAACUAGAUAGACAUCUUUUAAAAAGAAAAAAAGAUCAAAUUAUCUUUGUAACUUCAUAAGAGAAAUAUUACUUAAAUUUAAAUCUCUGCAAGGCUUACCAAUAUACUUAUUGUGACAGAAUACUUAGAAAUACUGUUCUUGGUUUAGGAAGUGAUCUAAUUUUAAUUCGACUUGUGUUAAAUUCUUGGCCUCAGUUUUUCUGUGGCAGUGCAUUCCUCUAAAUGUGCUGAAAAAUAGUUUUUAGAAUUUAUAAAACUUACUAAUCUUCCAUUUGCAUUAUAGUAAGGAAGGUGGUGAAAAUUAUCUUUAUUGUUUUAGUUCUUUAUGUUCAUCUCUUAAGUCUUACUGUAUUUCAGUUUUCCCCUAAGAAUUGUUCUGCUUUUAUCUCUAGACGUUCUUGUCAUGUUCUUCUGCCUGUGUAGGAGAGAAGUGUUAAAAAGGUAUUAAGUUAAAUUACUGGAAGACAAAGGCUGACCAUGAUGAUAAUGGCAGAGAGUGUAAUGGAUGGAGGUUGAUCUCACUAUAAUGAAAGCAAGAGAAAUGGAACAAUUUUAGAGAGACAGAUAAGGCACCCAUAAAACUUGUUGCCAGAAGAUCGUAGAAAAUGUUUGUUUUCUGCUACAGUGACAAAGAAAAAUAAUUCCUAAUGAGUUAGGGUUAUUCAGAAACCCUACUGAGUUUCUUAAAAUUGCUUAUUUUCUACAUGUCUUCUGUUCAUUUCUAUUACAGUGUUUCAUGAGAGUUUGAUAAAGUUAAGCUUUAAAGCAGAUACUUCAUCUUCUAGUGAAAAGACACCAUUAUAGAAUUAUAAAGCAAAUAAACAGACUACAAUACAGUUUUUGAAAGCAGAAAUUGUUGGUGUGGGGGUUCAAUACAGUCCUAAGACUGCUUUUCAAGAAUGGCAAGUUGUUGUCUAAGUGCGUUAUAGCUCAGCAUUAAGGUUUUACAGGGGAGAUAAGUGGUAAGCAGGAUGUUUUAUUUACAAUAGGUGGCAGUAAAAUUACAGUCCACCCAGAUAUUAAAUCAGUAGAAUUACUGAUAUUUCUGAUAUUUUCACAAGUUGAUUUCUUGGUCAUUUUGACUUAAGCACUUGGUCAUCUUUCACUAUUGACUCCUUACUAACAGCUGUAACAGGAGUGAGGUACUUCUUGUAUACAUUAUUAAAAGUGAAAUGUUUACUGCUAUUACUAAUGCUUUAAGAGACACUACAGUCUUCAGCAUAUAAAAUUAGUACCCUGUGACAGACGUAGUAAGUGUUUUUCACCCAGGAUUUCAUGGUUACUGGUCAAAUAACUGAGAAUACAAUAGGACCAAUUUCUGACUUUAUUCCUUGGUCAAUUAAUUGUGUCUUAGCUAAAAAGAUUAUUCCAUUUAUAUUGGGAAACAUGAACCUGGAAAGGUCUAAAUAAAGUUACUUCUACCCUAGUUGAGGAACAGCUGUGCAAGAUUUAUCUACAUAUGGCAUGGUUUGCCAGAUAGUAAGGAAUAAUUUGAGUAAAUUUUAUUUUCCAAGCAGAGUUAAAACAGUCUUUUCUACCACUGGGUUUGAUUUCUGUCAUAAUUUUGUUUCACAUAUUAAAAAACUGGAAGGAAAAAAGAGAUUAAGUCAGUUGAUGGUAGCUCAGCAGCACUACCUGACUACAUAGAGGUUUUCCCCCCAAUAUCUCCUAGCGACACGUUGCAUGUAGUUUAAUGCUGCCUAAAGAGAUCUUUUAAGUCAAAGACUUCAUCAGUGAUCAUUUGAUGAACACCAGAGCUAAUUCAAAGAAAUGGGGUUCUGAAUUGUCCUUAAUGCACAUUUUGCUUAUUAUCAAUAGCAAAUAAUUUACAUCACUAUCUUGGUCAUCAUUAUAAAAUUGUGUGUGGCAAUGAGGACUGUUGUCAAAGCCUAAUUUUCUUAGGUUAUCUAAACAUUAGUAUGUAUGUAUAUAUUUUUUCAGACUACAAGUAGACUAAAAUGUAUGUUAAACUGAAGAAUUUUCAGGAAUAGUAUGAAAAUACUGCUGAAAACUUUGUUCUUCCCAGCAAAACCCAAGAAAAUAGUUAGGAAACAUAUUUUACUAAACGCAAUAAUUUGUAUUGCAAGGGAAUUUUUGACAAGUAUAGUAGAGGUGUUCUGGAUCUUUCUGAGUCUUAAGGAUACAGGAGGUGAAAAAUGAAGCAAUUCUAUAUAUGGUUGGAACAUUUUUAUUAAGCAGACUUCAUUGUACUGAUAUAAAAUCUUUAUACUGAAAAUUUUGUAGACUAAAACUGCAGACUGGUUUAAAAACUUUUAUAAUGGUUCAUGAAGGUACUACUUUAUAACUUAAUAGCAACCUUGGAAAAUAGAACAAUUUAUUUGAUUAUAGUUGCCAAAGUAAUUGCUGAACAUCCUUCACAAAUGGGCUGAAAGUUUCCAAUGCUGUCCUACUAAUCUCACCAGCUGUCAGAACUGUGACAUUUGCUCAGUAUAUUUGAGAGCUGUCUUAACAUAUAUAUCGCUGCCUGAAAAAAGAAAUGUGCAAUUGAAAGAUAUGUGCAAUUACCUAGUUUUGUAAUCUAUUAGAAACAAUUAUUUAGUUGCUAACAUGUCAAUGUGUAAAGGUUAAUUUUCUAAAGUCAACUUUGUAUUACUAAUAUUGGAUAUUACUAAAGCUUUAUUAUGAAAUAUAUUUGAUAACUCACACCUAGUCACUUCCUGACUUAAAAGGCAGCUGAUCUGUGUGGUGAGAGUACUAUGUACUGCUGCUGCUGCUUUCUUUUUCUUUUUUUCUUUCUUUUUUCUUCAGGUGACACACUUCAGUUUCUUUUCAUAGAUUUCACCCAGUUGUUGAAAUGCCAGUAGAACGUUAUCAUUUGGAUCAUCACACAGUUCACUCAGCGAUGUUCUGUUUU